AUGAGCCCAUCUAAAGCACCAACUCCAAGAGUUAUAUUUAUUCGCCACGGCCAAACCGAAUGGUCAAAAUCUGGCCAAUAUACGUCCAUUACUGAUUUACCAUUAACAGAUUUCGGAGUCAAACAGAUGCGGAAUACUGGUAAACACUUAAUUGGGCCUAGUCCAUUCCAAUUGAUCAAACCGGAAAACUUGAAGAAUGUCUUUACAUCUCCAAGAUUGCGUGCCAAGCAAACGGUUGAGUUGUUGCUCGAAGGGUUGAACGAUAUGGCAAAGGCCAAGUUGCUUACCACCGAGGAAGAUAACUUAAGAGAGUGGGAAUACGGUGAUUACGAAGGAUUAUUGACGUCCCAGAUUAUUGAAUUAAGAAACAAGAGAGGUUUGGAUAAGGAUUUACCUAAAGGUGAAGAAUGGAACAUUUGGAGGGACGGGUGUGAAAACGGUGAAACGCACGAGCAAGUUUCCGCAAGAUUGGACAAGGUUAUCACGAACAUCAGAGCUAUCCACGAAAAGGCGAUUCAAGAUAAUGUUCCUUGCGAUGUCAUAGUUGUUGGACAUGGUCAUAUCUUGAGAUGUUUUGCUGCUAGAUGGGUGGGUAAAGACAUUAAUGUCAAUCCGCAAGUCGUGUUGGAUGCUGGUGGAGUUGGAGUUUUGAGCUAUCAACACCAUAAUAUUCACGAGCCUGCUUUAUGCUUAGCUGGAGCAUUUGUUGUCCCAGUUGAAGAGGAAGGGUCUGAUAUAUAA